AUGGAUGAGAAUGUGGCAACCCCUAUGUCGGAUGUAUCCGCAGAGCCAUCUAUCGCCUCACUGGAGGGUAUGAACGAUACGCGGCCCCAGGCGAGCAGAGUUGCGUCUACUGCAUCCUAUGACAGUACUGGGAGGCACCGGCGACGAAACCCAAGAGCAAGGCGUCCGGUGAAGGAAACACUGGACGCCCGCUCCGAGUAUUAUACGAGCCAAGAUGAUGGUACCGCGGAACAUCGUAUCAACCAAUAUGUGAUCAAACAGGAGAUCGGACGUGGAUCGUUCGGGGCGGUCCAUCUGGCUGCAGAUCAGUUCGGCAAUGAAUAUGCAGUCAAGGAGUUCUCUAAGUCUAGACUAAGGAAACGUGCGCAGUCACAUCUGUUGCGAAGACCGCGAGGUCCGAUUCGGCCAGGAGCGGAUUUCAACUCGCCAUUACAUCGGCAUCCUUCCGGUGGCGAUAAUGAGACAGCAAAGAAUCCUUUAUAUCUGAUCAAGGAGGAAAUUGCAAUCAUGAAGAAACUGAACCAUAACAAUCUAGUGUCAUUGAUCGAGGUCUUGGACGAUCCGACAGAGGACUCGUUGUAUAUGGUGAUGGAAAUGUGCAAGAAGGGCGUUGUCAUGAAGGUCGGGCUGGAAGAGAAAGCAGAUCCGUAUGAUGAUGAGCAAUGUCGAUGUUGGUUCCGUGAUCUGAUCUUGGGGAUUGAGUAUUUGCAUUCGCAGGGCAUUGUCCAUCGAGAUAUAAAACCUGACAACUGUCUGGUGACCAACGACGACAUGCUGAAAGUGGUCGACUUUGGUGUAUCAGAGAUGUUUGAAAAAGAUUCCAACAUGUUUACUGGCAAGUCAGCUGGGUCACCAGCAUUUCUCCCGCCAGAGCUGUGCGUGGUCAAACAUGGUGAUGUAUCUGGCAGGGCAACGGAUAUUUGGUCCAUGGGAUAUCAGGGGGAUCCCCUGAUCUACGAAGAAGAGUCAGACGAAGUAUUCAAAGAUCUUAUGGGACGGAUUCUCGAGAAAGAUCCAGAGAAACGGAUUGACAUGUUUGGUUUACGAGAACACCCCUGGGUAACGAAGCAUGGAACGGAUCCUUUACUGUCAUUUGAGGAGAACACGUCGCAAAUCAUUGAGCCGCCGACAGAGGAGGAGAUGAACUCGGCCAUUACAACAAACAUGGGACAUCUUAUGACCGUGAUGAAAGCCGUCAAAAAAUUCAAGCGACUAACCGAUCCAACCAAAGCACAAUCCCCCAUUCAAAGUACGUUCGGUCAGAGCAUUCUGGGCGGAGACCACGAUGCCUACCUCGUCGAACCACCAAUGGAAAUGGACCCAGACGAGCCAUUUCCAGCAGUGGGGGCAGCUCCACAAGCACACGACGCCCAUGGCUUGCGCGCCAACAUGCGCAAGAACUUCGGCCGGCGUCCUUUCGCCGGGUUCCGAGACGAUCCCGGAGUUCUCGGGUCUAGUGAUUCAGCCAGCUUUUCAUCCCGGCCCGAGCACAGCUGGAGCAGCAGCAAAAGGCCCAGCGGUGUGUUCGAGCCCGAGCGACAGGACUCCGGCUCCGUCCGCAGCUGGGGGUCCCCGGCUCAACCGGAUAUUGGUCACGAAGCUCAGCCCCACUCUCAAUCGGCAUCACCUCGCAUCCCCCUCUCGCGAGCAAGCUCGGGUAGAACUAAACGCAGCCUGGAGGGGACGAGAGGACAUGCCCGUGAUCCCCUGGAGGAGGAGUUUCCCUACCUCUUCAUUGGACCAUCUACAUACAACGGCUCCUCGCAGCAGGAACCAAUGGAAAUCAGUGACGAGCCGGGAUCUAUCCUCCAAGAGCCGGAACAUGCAAUGGAUCCUUCUGACCAGAUGGAGGAUGAUGAGCCGGUACAGUUCGUUAGUGAAUCGCCCGGCGCUGCAGAUUUUAAUAUCUACGAGACGGCGUACAGGAAGGAACUCGACCGCAUCAAGUACAACCUGAAAGACCGCGAUACUGGUCCAAAGGUGUACCUGACUCGCUUUAUCGAGAAAAACACCGCCGAAAUGACAAAACUGGCCAAAGAGAAAGAGUUGAAUCUUCAAAUUGGGAAUAAUUUCACUCCUUCUGCUCUGUCGAGAACACCCUCAGGCUUCGGGUCUGCGGUUAGUGCGCUGCGCUCGCAGAUACUGCAGAAAAGACAGGCUGAGGGGUUGGAAGAGCAGGUUGGUGACACAAGUAAAGAUAAAUAUUCCUCCCAGAAUCACGAGCCUCACCCUCAUCCUCCGAAACGUCUGUCGCUUCCAUCUCAAUCUAUCCCUGAGCCUGAACCGUCGUCUCUAGAGGCGACGGGUGUGUCGUCUACAGAAGGGAGCGGUGCUUCCCAGGCACAGCUGCGGCGAAUCCUUGAUCGAGUUCGUGGAAAGUCGGAUGGUACAGAGUGA